UUGUUGUGGUGGUUGUCAUGGGCGGCCAGCUGGAAUACGGUUUUUGGCCCGGUUUUGUGGUGUUGCUGUAGGCGGGCUAUGUGCUAGGGAAAAGGGCCCAGGUUAGGACUGCUCGGCGUCUGGUGAGGCGAUCCGGGCCUGGACCUGACUGAAGGAGGAGCCCGGAUUUGCUCUUCUGUGCGCAGCUUGGAGGGCAGACCGAGGGCGGCUUCGCUGUUCUGGGCGGAGAGCCUGCUCCAAGUUAAUGGAGCGGCAACAUUUCAUCGUGGGAGCUGGCUGGCAGUCAACGGACGAAUUUGAUAUCAUCGCAUGUUUCCGUUACAUAGGGUGUUUUGAACAUUAUGCAAUCUUCAGUGAUUAUCUCCACUUCUGACUUUGCGAUGGUGAGAAGAUCACUGAUGAAGCAGCUGAAGAUAGUUGGGCCUAGGACUCUACCCUGAGGAAUUCCUGGGACUGAUGUCUGGAGUCUGAGAAGAUUGACUUGCUAUUACCACAGCCAUUUGGAGAACACACAAGUGAUGGCUUAUGUCUGAAAACAUGCGGCACCGAUGCUUGCUGCUGGCUGUGUGUGGAUGGGCAGUUUUCAUGUUGCUGUUUGUCAGUAAAUUUAUUACUUUAAGUCUCAGAGAUAAAGAAGAAUAUGGUAUUAAACCACAAAUAUUGGAUAAGACUGUGACUAAAAAAAUCAAGCCUCAAGAACGAACUUUGCAUACAACUAAGCCUGCUCAAAGUACACCGAAUGAAUUGGAUCCUCACUGGGAUGCAGUACAUGCUGAACGCCUCAAUCUUCUGAAGAACAUCUGCAGAAAUGCAUCUUUACGGAAUCUGACAUAUUGUCCUAUCACAAAGUUUGUCUUGGACCGUAUAUUUGUAUGUGACAAGCACAAAAUUCUGUUCUGUCAAACCCCAAAAGUUGGCAAUACACAGUGGAAGAAAGUUCUUAUUGUUCUAAAUGGAGAAUUUAAAUCUAUUAAAGACAUUCCUGAACCUUUGAUCCAUAAUCAUGAGAGGAAUGGCCUACCUCGUUUGUCAUCAUACAGUGAACUAGAAAUAACAAAAAGAUUGAAGACGUACUUCAAAUUCUUCAUUGUUAGAGAUCCCUUUGAAAGACUUAUUUCUGCAUUCAAAGACAAGUUUCUAAAGAAUCCUCGAUUUGAACCAUGGUACAGAUAUAACAUUGCUCCAGCUAUUAUUCAGAAGUAUAGAAGAAAUCGCACUGAAACUAAAGGAUUACAAUUCGAUGAUUUUAUUCGCUAUUUAGGUGACCCGAACCAUAAGUGGCUUGAUAUUAAAAUAGGAGAACCCAUUAUUCACUGGGCUACGUAUGUAGAGCUUUGUGCACCUUGUGAAAUCAAGUAUAAUAUCAUAGGACAUCAUGAAACUCUGGAAAAGGAUGCUCCAUACAUUUUAAAGAAAGCAGGAAUGAGUAGCUUGGUAUCUUAUCCACCAAUUCCACCAGGUAUUACGGCAUACAACAGAACCAAGGUUGAGCAGUAUUUUUCCGGAAUCAGCAAACGGGAUAUAAAACGCCUUCAUGCUCGUUUCCAAGGAGAUUUCAAACUGUUUGGUUAUGAUGAACCAGAGUUUUUGUUAAACUAACUUAGCCAAGUACUCUGCCUAAUAGGGGUGCAAUGAAGGUUUACGUUAUUGUUUGGAGUUUUUCAUUAAACACUGAACAUUUUAAUGCUAUCACCAGCAGAGGUCAGUGAAGGCACGUGGAGUGAAAGAAACCUUUAAUACAUGCAUGUACGCAGUAUUAAAUGGACCCAAGAAUAACAAUAUUUUAGGGAUUUUAGAAGUAGAUCAGCAGUAGUGUAAUGCAUGGAACACAUCAAAAGAGCCAUUUCAGGCCUUCAAAAUGUCGUGAAAUAUUUCCAAGAACAAGUACAGUAGAAGGCAGUUACUGAACAGUAUAAAUUUGGAAAAUUAUGUUGUAAAUGUCUUUUGACCCCAUAUUGAAUUGUUGCUGUCACACAACAGUCAUAGAUACUGGCAAAGUAAUUUUCUUGUGACUUAUUUGAUUUAGUUGAGUUUAGGUACAAACAUUGGACAAGUCUUAAUACAAUAGGUAUUAAAAUGUGCACAUUUAAAGCUACAAUAUUCAUUUUUAGGGAUACCUAUUUUUCAGUUUUAUUAAUUAUCUAGGUUACAAUUGGUACUUUUGGAGAAUAUAAUUUCAGUUCCCUCCUGGCAAACAGAAGACUUGACUGAGCAGCAUUUUCCCUUUGAUCCUUCUGGGUUGGAGAACUCAGCACCUGCAGUGACUGAUAGAAAUUGCUGAAUAAUAUAGUAAAAAUUUGCAAAGAUGGUGAAUCUUGAGACGCAUACAUCAAGCAUCCAACUAAUAGAUUAAGCUACCAGCAACUGUUAUUUAUAAACUUUUAUGUCAACCUAUUGAUAAAUGCAUUAUGUAACAUUAAAAAGUAAUAUGACAAAAAAAAACCCAGAUUUUAUUUCACUAACUACUUUGAGGAAUGUGUAUCUGAGCUUCCUUGCAUCAUGAUUCUGAUAUUUUAUGUGUUAGCUAAUGCAUGGACCAUGCCUUUAUAAGCAAAUAGUCAUUUGGUGGUACAGACAUCAGGUGUUGCUGAAAAAAAACGUUGUGUCAAAAGUUUUUUGUUGUGCACUUAUCUGCAUAUCUCACAAGAAUACCAAUUCAAGGGGCUAAAUAAACAUUUGUACUGCAUAAAAGGAGAGUGGUGAUUGAUUAUCAAGUGGACUCUGAUUAGUAGAGGAAUAGCCACGGAGAAUGCACCAAUUUCAAUGAUUCUAAGCAAGGCAGGUUGACUCUGAUAGAUCAACUGUUGAGAAAUAUAUCAGCAAGCGGCUGUUACUUAUUGAGUAAAAAUAAUUGCAGUACAGGUAAGUGUUCAUGUUGUAUGCAGUGAUAUUGGGGUUCCCCCUCCUUGCAUUGGUACUGUUGUAAAUUGUCCUGACAAGUGCAAGACAAAAACUUUCAACAAAAUUUGUCUUAAUAAGCAAUAUUCAUAUCAGCAUAAAUAUAUUUAAAG